AUGAAGCGGCAGCCACCACACACUCGCGGCGGCGGCGGCGGCGGCGACGCUCCGGCCGGCGAGAGCGGAAGCGGAAGCGGCGGAGGGUUCAAGAAGGGGAAGGGAAAAGGGAGGUGGGGCGGCGGGAGUCGGAGGCGGAACGAGCAGCGGCUGGGCGUCGGCGGCGGCGGGGCGCUCUCCCUCGCCGCCUUCGCCAGCGCCAAGUCCCGGAACACCGGCUACAACCCGGCCCUCAUCAAGAAGCAAAGGGAAUUCUACAAGAAUGCUAAAUUAAUUAGCAAGUACAAAAAGACAAAGAAGCAUCAAAGUCAGUCAAACAACCAUCCAGAAAUUCCAAUCCAUGAGGAUGGUGGUGACACUGCCCAAGAUGUGCCAAAGCUGUAG